UGUCAUUUCUGAAAUGACGGGCGAAGUCAAAGUUGAUGGGCAGAGCUCGCGAACGCGGGAGAUAGCGGUGUCUGCAGCAGGCCAGGAGGGGUUCACAAAAGAGCAGUGGGCGGCCCUGCAAGCGUCGGCCCGAGACGAGAUCACCAAGGAUGCCCUGAAGUUCAUGGCUCUUGCUCCGAUCCAGCGGUUGACUGACAUUGGAGCUGUGGCCAGGGAGAACGGAUGGUCACCAGUUCUCUCCAAGGGCAAUCAAGCUGCAGCUGGCAAACCUGGGAUUUCGGACCGAUCGGGCAAGUGAGCGGAGCCAUUAGCUUAUCAGCUCCACAAGUAAUUGAGUAGUAGCUCUCUUUGCGCCCAAUCACUACACUUGAACUCGCAAUUUCCAUGUUCAAUGCUGUG